GGCUGCUAGCUAGCCGCGUUGUGUGUAUCACCCCUCUAGAGAGCUGCUGCUUGCAUUCAUCAAUACACCCACAUAUCUCUCGACGAACUUCCCGACGCUUCUCACGACGGAAUCCAAUUCUACACAGCUGAAUAUUUGUCCGUCUAGCUAUACCACGAGGGCAAAAUAGCGAUCAGUCCGUACGCCUGUGAACCUGUCGUCAUCCCGGGAACCUCGAAGCUCCCCCACAUACAUUUCGAGCCUCAACCUAACACUCUGACAAGAUGAAUGCCGACGCCAUUCCCGACUUUCUGGCGGAGCAGCGUGAUGAGGCACCCGAGGAACUCCAGCAUCUUGUUCUGGAGUUCGAGAACUACUGGGAGAGGAAACUCUGGCACCAACUUACCGAUGCGCUUGGCCAGUUCUUCAGUCACCCUGGCAGCAAGCCUCAGCGGCUUUCCCUCUACAAGGUCUUCAUUCUCAAGUUCGCGGAUAAGAUCAAUCAGCUCAAACUUGUCGACCUGGCUUUGAAGGCUGCUACAGAAUGCAAGGAUGACGAGGAGCGACUGGCAUUCCUUCAGAGUGUUGCGAAGAAGGUGGACAACGAUAAUUCACAAGAUGCUCUUGUUUACGCUUCCGUCGCUGUAGCCAGGGUAAAGCUGGAUCUGGAGGAUAUGGAUGGGGCCCGCAAGGACCUCGACACGGCCGAGAGAAUAUUGGACAAUUUCGACUCGGUCGAGACGAUCGUUCAUGCAGCGUUCUACGAUGCGAACGCUAACUACUAUCAGCGUAAGAUGGACUUCGCAGCCUACUACCGCAACGCCCUACUUUACCUCGCUUGCAUCGACAUCAAUUCUCUCACACCGCAGGAGCGCCACAGGCGAGCAUUGCACCUCAGCAUUGCCGCGCUGGUUUCCGACACCAUCUACAACUUUGGCGAGCUGCUUCUGCACCCGAUCCUCGACGCGCUCAAGGGUACCCAGGACGAAUGGUUCCGAGACCUGCUUUUCGCCUUUAACCGCGGUGACCUCCAGGGCUUCGAGGCCCUCUCGGCCCGCAUGCGGUCCAAGCCCCUGCUCAGCGAGAACGCUGGUCAUCUACGUCAGAAGAUUUACCUUGCGGCGCUCACAGAGGCUGUCUUCCGCCGGCCGCCCCACGACCGUGCCAUGUCCUUCACCGACAUCGCCCAGGAGACCAAGGUGCGCCCCAACGAGAUCGAGCACCUUAUCAUGAAGGCGCUGAGCUUGGGUCUCUUGCGUGGAAAUAUUGAUCAGGUGGACGAGGUUGCACACAUUACCUGGGUUCAGCCUAAGGUGCUCGACAUGAAGCAGAUCGGCAACAUGCGUCAGCGGCUGCUCGACUGGGAUUCGCAGGUCAAUCAGCUCGGCAAUUGGAUCGAGAACGUUGGAGGAGAUGUGUGGGCUGCUUGAUGGAAUUAACAGGGGGACGAGAUUAGGGGCGAAAGGGAAUAACGAGGUCUGUAAUAUUGGUCUGUCUGCAUGACGAGGACCAGUGUACACCAUUAGACUUAGAGAGAAGAAUGGAAACCCGGUCUCGAUCUUGGGCCGCGAUGAUAAUGAUGACAACGUCGUUGCGCCUAUUAUGUGAUGCGGUAGU